AUGUUUGCCCAACUAUAUUUGUUCAGCUACAAGGGGAACGAGUCUAGUGGUCUAAUACGUGUCGGCUUUCACAAUGACACCAACCAACAAAGUAGUGCGAGAAUUUGGCGCAUAGCCGGAGGAGCUAUAGUUCAAAUCACCGACUAUCCAUACCUAGUGUCUAUAAAUAACGGUACCGCGGAUGGUGUUAUCAUUAGCUACACCCACGUCCUAACUUCAGCAUCUAGUGUAUCUGAUUGGGAUACGAUAACGAUCCGCGCUGGUAGCAACUCAGUAUACAGUGGAGGAUAUACUUUCAACACUCGAAGUUAUCAAAAACACCCACAGUACAAUCCCUCAUCUAGUGCGAACAAUAUAGCUGUUGCUACCAUUGAUGGUUCCUCGACAACCACACCAACUAGCCCUCCGACAAGUUCACCUACUAGCCCACCCACAAGCCAAUCAACAAGCCCACCAACAAGCCCCCCGACCAGCCCAACAACAAGGCCACCGACAAGCCCACCAACAAGCCCUCCGACAAGCCCACCAACAAGCCCUUCGACAAGCCCACCAACUAUUCCUCCAACAAGCCCUCCGACCAGCCCUCCAACCAGCCCAUCUACUAGCCCACCAACCAGCCCUCCCACAAGCCCUACGACAAGCCCUCCCACAAGCCCUCCGACAAGCCCACCAACUAGCCCACCAACAAGAUCUUCGACAAUCCCAUCUACUAGCCCACCAACCAGCCCUCCCACAAGCCCUACGACAAGCUCACCAACAAGCCCUUCGACAAGCCCUCCGACAAGCCCACCAACAAGCCCUUCGACAAGCCCUCCCACAAGCCCUACGACAAACCCACCAACAAGCCCUUCGACAAGCCCACCAACUAUUCCUCCAACAAGCCCUCCGACCAGCCCUCCAACCAGCCCAUCUACUAGCCCACCAACCAGCCCUCCCACAAGCCCUACGACAAGCCCUCCCACAAGCCCUCCUACAAGUCCACCAACUAGCCCACCAACAAGCUCUUCGACAAUCCCAUCUACUAGCCCACCAACCAGCCCUUCCACAAGCCCUACGAUAAGCCCACCAACAAGCCCUUCGACAAGCCCUCCGACAAGCCCACCAACAAGCCCUUCGACAAGCCCUCCGACAAGCCCACCAAUAAGCCCAUCUACUAGCCCACCAACCAGCCCUCCAACUAGCCCUCCGACAAGCCCACCAACUGAUCCACCCACAAUCCCUCCCACAAGCCCUCCGACAAGUCCGCCAACUAGCCCACCAACAAGCUCUUCGACAAUCCCAUCUACUAGCCCACCAACCAGCCCUCCCACAAGCCCCACGAUAAGCCCACCAACAAGCUCUUCGACAAGCCCUCCGACAAGUCCACCAACAAGCCCAUCGACAAGCCCUCCCACAAGCCCUACGACAAGCCCUACGACAAGCCCACCAACAAGCCCUUCGACAAGCCCACCAACUAUUCCUCCAACAAGCCCUCUGACCAGCCCUCCAACCAGCCCAUCUACUAGCCCACCAACCAGCCCUCCAACUAGCCCUCCGACAAGCCCACCAACUGAUCCACCCACAAUCCCUCCCACAACCCCUCCGACAAGUCCACCAACUAGCCCACCAACAAGCUCUUCGACAAUCCCAUCUACUAGCCCACCAACCAGCCCUCCCACAAGCCCCACGAUAAGCCCACCAACAAGCUCUUCGACAAGCCCUCCGACAACGCUCAUUUUCGAUACGCCCGUAUGA